CAAAGAAAAAAAGAGUGGAUUGUCUGGGUUUCGAACACACGGAGCCUCGAAGACUCCGAGUCUCGAAGCGUCGAAGAUUCCGAGCCUCGAGGAGUGAAUUUAGAAUUCGCUUGCCUGACAGUCAGCACGCACACACGCACGUACUGCGUCACUCGACACGCGCCCCUUCUUUUAGGAGAUGCACGAAGCCGGCCGCGAGAUGGAGCGCUUGUAGACGAAUACCCUAGGCACGAGCAUGGCAAAUCUUAUACGUAUAUUUUCAGCUCUCUUCGGCGUGUCCACUUCUUGAGGGGAGUAGUGCACAAUCCCUCCUAAACUACGUCUAUUUCCCCUUAAAUAAUGGACAUUGACACUAGGGUGCGGUAGUGAGCCGUGUCCACUUUCGAACAAAGAAAUGAGCAAUCUCCCUUUUCAUCUCUGGUUUAUACACUGUUCAUUCGCGUAGACGUGAUAUAGGUGGUAUAGGACAUGUCAAAACUCUAUGCAAAGGUGCCGAUCGUUGGUCGUUAAAUAACGAAAUUUCUUAAAAAGUCCAUUUACGUUAAAAUAUAUAUUUGGGAAUGAUUCUUCAGGAUAAAAGUCAGUUUAUAUUCGAGGAUAAAUGGCCAUGUAUGCGUCCGACUAUUUUAAAACUACUGAAACAGGAGCCUGUUACUCACGAAGAAUGGCAAGACUUGUUCUUCGCCGUGCACGCAGUUUGUUUAUGGAAUGACAAAGAAGGUGCCAUCAAAUUGUUAGAAGCACUCAAGGAAGACAUAAUGGAUUUUAUAAAACAAGCGCAACAGAGAGUGCUAGCACACCAGGAAGAGCAAGCUUUGUUAAAAGCUUAUAUAGCUGAAUGGAGAAAAUUUUUUGCACAGUGUAAUUAUUUACCGACCCCCUUUAGACAAUUGGAAAUAUCUCUCGUUGGCAAAGUACCUGCCAGUGUUCAAAAAAAAUGUCAACCUGAUGAUAUUGUCAGAAAAUUAAUGUUGGACAGUUGGAAUCAGAGUAUAUUCGGAGAAAUAAAACAAAAGCUACAAGAUUCAGCCAUGAGACUCGUGAGAGCCGAGAGAAACGGGGAAGCAUUUGAUUCGCAACUUGUUAUAGGUGUUAGAGAAUCUUAUGUAAAUUUAUCUUCGAAUGCCACGGACAAACUUCAAAUCUAUAGAGAGAAUUUCGAAGCAGCGUAUAUAGAAGCGACAGAAGCUUUUUAUUGGAUAAAAGCGCCCGAACAGUUAUCUUUGCACGGUGUCGAGAAUUACAUGUGCUACGCGGAUGCCAAGUUACAAGAGGAGGAACUCCGAGCGCAAAAGUAUUUAGAACCAAACAGUGCUAGUGUACAGCUCUUGACCGACUGUUGUAUACGUGUAUUAGUAGCUACCUUUAAGCCAGCUAUAUUAGCAGAAUGUCCAAGAAUGAUUCAGCAUCGUCAAACGGACAAGCUUAGAUUAAUGUUGAAAUUAAUGGAUAAAGUUCCUGAAGGAGUCGGCCCGAUGUUGAGAAACUUAGAGGAACAUAUAGUGAGCGCGGGCUUGGCCGAUAUGAUGGCAGCCGUCGACGUUAUUACUCAAGAUUCCGAAAAGUAUGUCGACAGAUUACUGGAUCUUUUUCGUCGGUUUUCGAUCCUCGUUAAAGAAGCGUUCGACGAUGAUCCUCGAUUCUUAACUGCUCGAGACAAGGCUUACAAGCUCGUCGUGAACGACGCGACGGUAUUCAGACUGGAACUGCCCGCGCGUUCCAGUGCACCGAUCUUGAACAACAAACCAAACAACAAUAACGGGCAGCCCGAAUCUAAAUGUCCAGAGCUUCUUGCCAACUACUGUGAUAUGUUACUUAGGAAGACACCGCUCAGUAAGAAGCUGACUUCCGACGAAAUUGAGAACAAAUUAAAAGAUGUACUGUUGGUGUUGAAAUACGUUCAGAACAAGGAUGUGUUUAUGCGCUACUACAAGGCUCAUUUAACGAGGCGCUUGAUAUUAGACACAUCGGCUGAUUCUGAGAAAGAGGAGAACAUGGUCGUAUGGCUGCGCGAAGUUGGAAUGCCCGCUGAUUAUGUCAAUAAAUUAGCACGGAUGUUUUACGAUAUUAAAGUAUCGCAAGAUCUUAAUCAACAGUUUAAAGAACAGUGUAGAGCCGCUAUUGCAGACAGCUUGAACAUUAAAAUAUUAAACGCUGGUGCAUGGGCCAGAGGUAGCGAGCGAGUCACUGUGAGUUUACCACUGCAACUGGAAGAUUAUAUUCCCGAGGUGGAGGAGUUUUACAAAAAGAAACACAGUGGAAGGAAACUGCAGUGGUAUCACCACAUGUCGAACGGCACGAUAACGUUCACCAACCAAGUGGGACGCUUCGACGUCGACGUGACCACGUUCCAAAUGGCAGUUCUGUUUGCUUGGAAUCAGCGGCCGCGUGAGAAAAUAACGUACGAAAAUUUACGCCUGGCCACGGAGCUCCCCGAUCCUGAACUAAGGCGGACGUUAUGGUCCCUGUGUGCCUUUCCGAAACUCAAACGUCAACUACUUCUGGUGGAGCCGCACGCACACAGUCCCAAAGAUUUUGCCAACGAUACAAAGUUUUGGGUCAAUCAAGAAUUCGCCAUCAUAAAAAAUGGAAAAUUGCAAAAGCGAGGUAAAAUCAACUUUAUAGGACGACUACAGCUGUCGACUGAACGAAGUAAAGAAGAAGACAACCAGUCCAUUGUACAACUUAGAAUACUAAGGGUUCAGGAAGCAAUAAUCAAGAUUUUGAAGAUGCGAAAAAAGAUCACUAAUGCUCAAUUGCAAACUGAAUUAGUAGAUAUACUGAAAAAUAUGUUUUUGCCUAGUAAAAAAAUGAUUAAAGAACAGAUCGAAUGGCUCAUCGAGCAUAAAUACAUUCGUCGACACGACGACGAUAUUAACACUUUUGUAUAUAUGGCAUAGAACGGGAUUAUGCAUAUAUAUAUAAAUGUUCAGAUUCUUAUGAUUAAUAUUAUAUUUUUGUAAAAAUUCAGUUCUUGUUUGUGUAUGCUCAAAAUUCCAAUGUAACUGAGAGACGUGUUUAUAUAAGUCAUGUUCACAAUCUUCCUCCGAGCGUCAAGUUAACGUUGACAGAAUCAUAUCACCGACAGCCAAAAGUACCCAUUGUUGGAUAGAAAACUAUUGUAGUAUUUAAAAUAAAGUCCAAACGGAGAGCACAAUUUAUUUGAUGCUUUUGUUCUAUUUUAAAGAUAGGGUAUGUUUAACACGAAACCAUUAAUGUCUGCACACGCACGUAUUUUUCAAAUACAGUCAUUUCCCAUCAACUCGGUUGAAUAGGUCUUUUUACAACAGUUUUCCUGACUUUGUUUCACAUCUGCUCGUUACGCGAAUCUAAGCGAAAUUCAGAGUCAAAGAGAUACAUGCCGUUAACGCGUGACAUCAAUGAAUUCGCGCAUUCUAUUAUAAUAACGUGUAUAAUCGAAACGUGUAUAAUAUAAAUGAAAUUUUACACGACUGCGUUCGUAUAUUGCUGAAUCUCAACAUCGUAACACGUCGUCUGUAUAAAGCGUUUAUAUAUUGUUUGAAGAAGCGGAUGAUGAGUGUAAAAGUGAACAAUUCAGAAAUUAAAAAGCAUCAUUGUUUUAUAUAA